AUGAAGAUACUUUUGAUAUUGAACAGAAAGACCAGUUAUACCAACAUCGUGCAAGUUUCGUCCUCCUCUCAACAAACUUUUGUUGCUAACAGAGGGGAGAGGGCAAACGACAAUCCUCGAAACAGCGGGACUUCAAAUCGAUUUGUGCUGGAUCAUAACGUUCACGUAUUGGUAGAAAGCCUGUUCGUUGUCAUUGAAGAUAUUGAAAGUCAGGGGUUGUUGCUAAUACAGCGAAGUAUUAAGAAUAGUAUUCCUAUGUCUAAUGACAACGUUGCCAAGUACCUUCAUAAUCGUUGCUUUUCUCAGCAUCCUAGGAAGUGA